AUGGGUGCUAGCUCGCGCGCACGCUUGGUGCCCCGUUGCGAGGCCGCUCGCUCACAAGGAUGGCUAGUGUGUGGUGUGAGGUUGAGUGUUGGGCGUGUAAGGGGCUUGUCCGGUGUGAGGGCUAUUAGGACUAGUUUGGUGCGCGAUAGUGGAGGCCGGCCGAGAGAGAGUUUGGGUAAAGGGGUUGUGGCGUGUUGUGUUUGGUACAAGGUUGGUUGGGGCAAUGUGUUUAGUGAGGUCGGUGCUCGUAUAAGGGAGCUAUGGGUAUGGCGAGCUGGGUCUUCUCUUCCUCCCCUCGAAGUUGAUGAUGAAUAG